AUGGCAGAUUUGUUCAAUGAUUCUAAAGGGAGAGGUGUGUUCAGUUGCACUGAGUUUGAUAAGGGAGAUUUCCUGUUGGAAUACAGAGGAGACCUCAUAAGCAAAGAAGAAUGUGAGCGGAGGCAAAGAAUAUAUCACAACGCCCUCAAAGUAUUCUUGUUUGAGUUUCGUUACGAUGGAAAACUCCUCUGUGUUGAUGCUGCCCGAGAUGACGGUUCUCUUGGUAGACUUGUAAAUGAUGACCAUAUUAACCCAAACAGCAAGAUGAAGACUAUCCGUGUGGAUGGAAAACCUCAUCUAUGCUUAUUUGCUAUAAGAAACAUCUGUGCUGGUGAAGAGAUCACAUAUAAUUAUGGUGAUUCUGAGUGGCCAUGGCGAUGCAAGACUCUCCGUGAGGUUGAACUCCCCACUCUUAAAGUGAACUCUCAUUCCCAGUCAGAAGCCAGAGAUGUGCAGAAGUUGACAGUUGUCAGUGAUCAAUCAGUGUUAAUGAAAUCAAGGGUCUGUGUAUCCACCGAAGGACUGGAAAAGGUGACUGCUGAGAAAGACCAUUAUCAUUGGAAGGUCAAGACUGUGUUGAAAAUGAUGUUGAGAUGAUGCCACCUGUCAAAGAGUACUUGUUAAAU